AAAAAAGUUUGGAACUGCAGGUACUUUGUUCGCAAGCUACCGUGACAGCAUCGCCCGGCACCAAGAUCAUCCGCCGGCCUUUGCCUCAAUCAACCUUCAACGAUGGCCUUCAACUCAGCCAGGUGUGGGCUCUCGACCUCGACUCGAGUGCUACGACGAUGCAGCGCACCUUUAUUGUCUCGGCCCUUCUCCCAGUCGCUGGCUCGACAGGUCACCACAGCUGCAGAAGUCGCCGAUGAGCAGCCCGUCAAUUCCAACCUCCCGAGAUGGGCCAAGACCCCGGAGAGGAUGAAGUCCACGGUCCCACUAGGAGAGAUGAGGAACCCUUCCAACCGUCAAUUCUACCAGGUCAACGAGUCUCAGGCGAGGCUUGAUCAGUUCUACAAUAGCUUCCUGGGAAGGGACGGCGAAAUGAUGCUUGGCGAUGAAGCAAAGUGGUUGUCUGUUACACACAAGAGCUAUGAUCAAGGAAGGAGAGGCUUCAACUCAAGGCUUGCAUUACAUGGAAAGCAAGUUCUCAGGCUUGAGAUAACACAAAUGAUACUUGCGACCCCUUCAGUUCAAAGAGCUGAACCAAGCACGGAAGAUGUCGUCGAGACCCGCCAACCCUUUGAGCACCCAGCCCUUGCUCGAGUCAACAACUUGGCACACGUCAACUAUCGGGAUAUCGUAGAUCAGGUCAAGCUUGCGCGGCUGGGUAUGGAAUAUGGCCUCCACGAGGUAGUGAGGUGGCAGCCCAGAGCGAUUUCAAGCAUCAACUCCUCCGGUAUGCAAAAAGUCAUGAAGGACUGCAUAUACGCGAUAAUAGGCGCCAUUUCUAUGCAACACGGUGCCGAGGUGGCCCGCCGAGUAUGCAGGGAGAGGGUUAUCAAGAAGGUUAGGGGAGAUUAGGCUGCAGUCUGUCGCAGCAACAACUGUAUAACGUGUACAAAUAGGGCGGCCAUCGGAAUAUUAGACCAUAUACAUCAAUACCCAUCACUGCGGAGGACUGUUUUCGUGAGACAGCGAACUCGUGGUUUUUGUGGUUAGGGGAGGAACAUGAGAUCCAU